GAAGGAGGAGGAGGAGAAGGUGGAGGAGGAGGAGGAUGAGCUGUAGGCGCACAGAGGAGGAGGAGGAGCAACUUACGACAGAAAGGUUUCCCAGCUCAAGUCCCAACUCUUCAUGCUGCGGCUCUCGUGCCAAUCCUCCGCUGCACGAGUGCGAUGGCGGCAUUGACCUCCUGCAGGGAGACGACCCCCAGCCUGUUGCUCCUCGACAGCCGGGAAGCCUCGGAGCUCACCAGCCUGAGCAGGACGGGCCCGGGAAAAGUGGUCCGAGUGGCCAGGAAGUCUGGACUCCUCGUCCCGACUGGACGGACCUGCAAGAGGAGAGGAGAGGUCACAGGAGGGUUGGAGUGGACCCUUUCCAAAGGACGGUUACCUACGGAAGAGUUCUGCGGUCGGUCUCGUCUGGUUGGAAGAUGGCUCUCAACGUGCGGCGUUUCCUGCUGAUGACCCUGCUUCUUCUGGGUGCUAACGUGAUUGGCAGCAUUUAUGCUCAGGAGGCGGGUGUGUCCGAGGCAUGGACCAGCAGGUCUUGCAAAUGUGACUGUGAAGGAGGAGAAACCCCGACUGAGUUUUCUUCCAUUGGGUCUGGCUCUUCCAUUGUGCGAGGAGUCGACUGCAUGCCAGAAUGUCCGUACCACAAGCCCCUGGGCUUUGAGGCCGGAUCGGUGGGUCCGGACCAGAUCACCUGCUCCAACCAGGACCAGUACACCGGCUGGUUCUCCUCAUGGCUCCCAAGCAAGGCCCGGCUCAACACCCAGGCCUUCGGGUGUGCCUGGCUCUCCAAGUUCCAGGACACUAAUCAGUGGCUGCAGAUCGACCUGCGGGAGGUGAUGGUGGUGUCGGGGAUCCUCUCUCAGGGCCGCUGUGACGCUGACGAGUGGAUCACCAAGUACAGCGUCCAGUACCGCACGGAAGAGACGCUCAACUGGAUCUACUACAAAGACCAGACCGGAAACAACAGGGUGUUUUACGGAAACUCUGACCGCUCCUCGUCUGUGCAGAACCUGUUGCGGCCGCCCAUCGUGGCGCGCUACAUUCGCAUCCUCCCCCUCGGAUGGCACACACGCAUCGCUCUGCGCCUGGAGCUGCUGCUCUGCAUGAACAAAUGCAUGUGCUAAAUGAAGAUCAAGGGAUGUGAAGUUCAUCAAUAUUCACAUGUGGUUUUGUAUUUGUGGUCCUGACUUUGUUUUGUUGACAUAUUCAACUGAAUUUCCCAUGGUGCUUUGGGGAUACAUUUGUGUUCUCUAUUGUAUCUUUUAAACUGUUUCCUUGAUUAAAUGAAUACCUGUCUCA